AUGCAUUUUCCACGUGUGCUAAGUGCGCUUUUGGCAACUGCAAUUCUACCACUUUCAGUACUAGGAAGUAUCCAAAUCGUCCCAGGCGCAUCAUGGACAACAGUCAACGCACCCUACCAACACAUCCAAGCUCACGGCGGUGGAGUCUUACUAGUAAACGGCCUCUACUACCUCAUCGGCGAAAACAAACUCGCGGGCUCCGCCUUCCAAUCCAUAAACUGCUACUCCUCGCCGGACCUCGUGAACUGGAGUUAUGUCACUAAACUACUGAGUGUCGGGCAGGGACAUGCGGAUUUGGCGAGUGGGAGGGUGGUGGAACGGCCGCAUGUGGUUUAUAAUGAGGCGACGAAGAAGUAUGUUAUGUGGCUUCAUAUUGAUAGUAGUAAUUACGGGGAGGCGAAGACGGGAGUUGCUACGAGUGAUACGAUUUGUGGGGGGCAAUAUACUUAUCUAGGAUCAACCCAGCCGCUUGGGUUUCAGAGUCGCGAUAUGAAUCUUUUCAAAGACACGGAUGGUUCCGCGUACCUUUUGACUGAAGACCGCGUCAACGGUCUGCGAAUCGAUUCUUUGACCUCGGAUUACCUCAAACCGGUCAAGACAGUUUUCUUGUUCCCAGAGAAAUACACAUAUGAAGCCGCGGCCAUCCUCAAGAGAGGAAACACAUAUUUCAUAUUCGCAAGUGAUCAAAGUGGUUGGGAUCCAAAUGACAACAUCUACUCGACUGCUACGAAUCUCGCUGGUCCAUGGGCAACAUGGAAGCUUGUCGCGCCUGCAGGAACAAAGACCUACAAGAGUCAAACUGCGAGUGUGAUAGACAUCAACGGUACCGCAGUCUAUAUGGGCGAUCGCUGGGUAUCCUCAAACCUCAUGCGCUCGACCUAUGUGUGGCUUCCCCUCACCAUAUCAGGAACCACAGCAUCUCUGGUACCCACUCCAGUCCUCUCUUUCUGGUCAUCAACUAACCCGCCUCAGAAUAACCAAGUGAACUGGGUAUUGAACCAAGGAUCCUGGUCUCCCGGCACCACGGAAACAACCUAUGAAGCCGAGGCAUCUGCAAAUGUCCUAGCAGCCGGCUCCAAAAGUGUCGAUUGCUCUGGCUGUUCCGGCAAAAAGUCCAUCGGCUACAUUGGCGGGUCGCCCAACGGGAAACUCACAAUCUCAAGCGUAUCAUCCACCGCGACAACGCAGACGACCAUUAGAAUUAAUUAUACAAAUGCCGAUAGUGCGCAAAGGUAUGCGACGUUAAGUGUGAAUGGAGCCAAGUAUAUCGUGGCGUUCAUACCAACGGGAGAUGAUAACACUCCUGGGACGGCGAGUGUGACGGUUAGGUUGAAUCAAGGGACGGCUAAUACUUUUGUGUUUGAGGCGUAUAACGGCGGGUGGGGUCCAAAUAUCGACCGUGUCGCAGUUCCGGUCUCGUAA